AUUUAAGUAAUUUUCUUAAAUUGUUAAAGAUGUCAUCCUUAAAAUGGGGGCCAGAAAAGGGCUUCCACAAACCACCAGGACAUAACAUGAUCACAUCCCAAGAAUGCUUGCAGCUGAAACGUGAUCUAGACUUCGAAAAUCAAGAUGACUUCGAGGUUAGUCCCAUGAUCCUUUGCCUGAUGCUAACCUUUUUGUUGUUUGUGAUUGGUUUCUGGAUCUGGCUGAUAUCGAGGAGCUGUAUCUUUGCCCAAAACGUGAAGCAGCAGGUAAAACUCAGAAGAACGAAAGCCAAAAUGUUCGUUUCCUUGAUGGUCUGGCUAGGACAAAACUCCCAAAAUGGCAGCUCGUCGGGGCUCGAUAUUACCUCACAUAUUUGGAAAAGAAAUCCAAUGAACGUUUCUUACGGAUGCUCCCAACAAGACAUAUUGAAGCCUGACUACUGUUCCAAGAUGGAUUCCCCGGACACAUCACCAAUCUUAGUACACUCAGUGGCAGUCAAGGAGUCAGAUACAGGAUCUUUAUCAAGCUGUUCAGCAACCUCUGGAAUGAAAAACGAAAAGGAAGUGGUUGCAUCUACUUCCCAGGCUGUGGCUGGAUCACCAGCAACUAAUGAUAGUACGUCCUCUCCUUUGGGAAUGGAAAGUCCACAACCGAAAAGGAAGUACGGAAUAAAGUGGUCCAGUUUUAUGAGGCGCGGUCGAAGGGAUCAGUCUGGAACUUCGUGAUAUUACCUUCGGAUAAUCUAGUUACAUAAUUAUUUGUUUUAAUGGAAAUAAAAACAAAAACGCUCUAAUAUAA